AUGGCGGCGCCGUCCUCGGCCACAGACACUGGCAUCAUUUCGCUUCGAGACUUGAUUGACUUCAUUGCUCACGUUGCAGACUGCUAUCCGGAUAUCACGAAGGGGUUUCCGCAGGAAUUGAUCGAGAUCCUGUCGCUGCAUCACGCAGUAUUGGACCCAGACCUGAGAGAGAAAGUCGUGACGAGUUUGGUCUUGCUGAAAAGGAAGGACAUUAUUGAUUCAGCUACUCUUUUGCAAACCCUCUUUCCCAUACUCGUGUCAACGCUCAGCAAAACGCUGCGGGCUUUGCUAUUUCAAAAGAUCAUUUCCGACCUACGCACAUCGAAUUCGAAGAGUACCAAUCACAAGUUGAACAAGACGAUCCAGACUGUCCUUUUCAACCUCGUCACCUCCGACCGAACCUCUACAAAAGCUCUAUGGGCGAUCAAAAUCACAAGGGAGCUCUGGAAGCGGCAAAUAUGGGCCGACGCGAAAACCGUAGAGAUUAUGAAGGAAGCAUCGUUAGCGGAUAAUGAGAAAGUCGUAGUUGGGGGUGUACGCUUCUUUCUCGGUGGCGAUAAAGAGCGGGAGGAGCUGGAAGACGAAAGCAGUGACGAAGAGGCCAUGGAUGUAGCGCGUGUGCGCCACCAAGUUGGAAUCAACAAGAAAAGCAAGAAGAAGGCCCGGCAGGUGGAUAAAGCAAUCGCGACAGUCAAGAAAAAGGAGCGGAAGAAGAAUCAGCCACAUCCGUUGAAUUUUUCGGCCCUCCAUCUCCUUCACGAUCCCCAGGGGUUUGCGGAAACCCUUUUUCAGAAGCACCUCCAGAACACGAAAUCGAAGCUGAAUUUGGAGCAGAAGCUCCUUGUUUUGCAACUUGUCUCGCGGCUUGUCGGCCUACACAAACUCACGGUCAUCCAGCUGUAUUCUUAUUUCCUGAAAUACUUAACCCCGAAGCAACCCUCUGUCACUUCAUUCCUCGCAUCUCUCGCCCAGUCUACCCAUUCCCUGGUACCCCCUGAUGUUCUCGAGCCCUUGGUAAUGAAGAUUGCGAACGAGUUCGUUUCAGAAGCAGCGGCUGCCCAGGUUGCAUCUGCCGGUCUGAACGCCAUCCGAGAAAUAUGUGUCAGACAACCGCUUGCAAUGAAUGAUACCUUACUUCAAGACCUUGUCAUGUACAAGAAGAGUAAGGAUAAAGGAGUCAUGAUGGCGGCAAAAGGACUCCUAGGACUCUAUCGGGAAGUGGGUGCAAGCUUGCUGAAAAAGAGAGACCGAGGAAAAGAUGCAAGCAUUGCAUUGAAAGCUGGUGAUCGCAAGGAGAAAAGGUAUGGUGAAGAGGAAGUCGGUGAAAUUGAAGGCAUCGAAUUACUAGAACAGUGGAAAGAAGAAGAAAGAAGAAAAAGGAGGAGAGAAAAGGGUUUGCCGUCCGACGGAGAAAGUGGCGAUGAAGAAUCAGAAAAUGAUGACUGGGCUGCUUGGGAUGUUGAAGAGGAUGAUAGUGACGACUCUGGAGGCUGGAUCGACGUCCAAAGCGAUGCAGAGAUUGAAGUCAGUGACUCUGAAGACGAAACCCCUGCAACGAAGAAGCAGAAGAUGGGAGACGAGAUAAGCGGAGACGCGGAGAGUACGUCGACUCGCCCGAAGUCGGAAGAACCUACAAAUAAGGUGUCGAAACUGGCAACGACAAAGGUCUUGACUCCGGCAGACCUUGCGAAACUUGCAGAGCUGCGUGCUGCGGCGGGUGUUUCGGCCCUGGUCAACGGAAGCAAGCCUGGGGCGCGAAAGCAAGCUGUCACAAACGCUGCCAGGCAUAUCGAUGACCCACUGACAGCCGCGGAAAUUGAAGGCCUGGCCGCCCUCUCUGUUGGCAAAGCAACUCGAGAGGAGAAAAUUGCGCGCAUGAAUGAGAAUAAGAGUGACAGGUCCGAGUUCAAGAGCAAAAUGCAGCGAAAGAAGGAGAAGAAAGAAUCUCAGGGCAAAAGUACCACCAACAAGGAGAAAGCAAGGAAGAAGAACUUCCUUAUGACACUGGGCAAGGCAAAAUCCAAGAACAAACGGAGUCUGGUGGAAACGAGGGCUGUUCUUCGGGCGCAUCAGGAACGAUCCAAAAGGGGCGGCAGGAGAGGUAACAAGUAG